AUGCAUCCCCACCGCCACCGCAUCCUCCUCGUGCCAUACCCCGUACAAGGCCACAUAAACCCCGCCUUUGAAUUCGCAAAACGACUCAUCACUUUAGGUGCACAUGCAACGACGCUUACUCACUCUACAACACAGAGUUCAAACGCCGCGGCUCUGAGUUUAUCACAAAUACCAUACUCUCUAACUCACGGCAAGUUCAAGGAGCUUGAUGUUGAAACAAACCCUGCAACUAUACUUGUUAACUCCUUUGAAGCAUUGGAACCAGAGGUAUUGAGAGCCAUUGAAAAUGUAAACAUGAUUGCCAUUGGACCGUUGAUUCCUUCCGCAUUUUUGGAUGAAAAAGAUCCAACGGUUAAUAAUACUUCAUUUGGAGGCCAGGCUCAUAUCUUCGAACCUUCAAAUGAUUAUAUUGAAUGGUUGGACUCUAAGACAGAGAAGUCAGUUGUUUAUGUUUCGUUUGGUAGUAUGUUUGUGUUGUCAAAGGUACAAAUGGAGGAAAUUGCACGUGCUUUGUUGGAUUGUGGUUUACCAUUCUUGUGGGUUGUUAGGGAAGGGAAAGGAGAGAAGGAGGAAGAUUUGAGUUGUAGAGAGGAGUUGGAAGAGAAAGGGAAGAUAGUGAAAUGGUGUUGUCAAUUGGAGGUUCUUUCACAUCCUUCUUUGGGUUGUUUUUUGACACACUGUGGUUGGAAUUCGACUCUGGAAAGCUUGGUGUCAGGGGUUCCUAUGGUGGCGUUUCCUCAGGGGACAGAUCAGAUGACAAAUGCAAAGUUAGUUGAAGAUGUGUGGAAGACAGGGGUGAGAGUGGAUCAUGAAUUGAAUGAGGAUGGAAUUGUGGGAGGGGAAACAAUUAGGAGGUGUUUGGAAGUGGUGAUGGGGAGUGGAGAGAAGAGAGAAGAAUUGAGAAGGAAUACAGAAAAAUGGAAGAAGUUGGGUAGAGAGGCGGUCAAAGAAGGUGGCUCAUCGGAUAAGAAUCUUACGUAUUUUUUGGAUUGGGUUGGAGAAUGCAUGCAUGCAUCUGUUUGA